AUGGGAUACCUGGCUGCUUCACCCUCACAGCCACGCACGGCUUUCUCGGUGCGCCUCAUUAAUCACCAUCACGCUCAGUCGAUCCGGUUUGCGGUUCCCACAGAAGGUUAUUGUUCAGCCCUGGACGAUGUGCUUAAUAAUGGCAGUCCAGAGCCUCCGGAUUGGCGUGGCCCUUUCACAGUGGCCGUAGAUACCUAUCGAGCGAUACUAUUAAAAAUCCGAGACCGCGAACUGUCCUUGUUGUUUUGGCCACCUGUUGGCAACGUUCGGCCAGAGGAGCCUCAUAUCGUCGUUUGCAUUGAUGGCAACUUCCAGCAUAAGCGGCAUGCUCGUGCUAGUGUGCCCAUUCCGGGGUGGCAUCCCCCGCGCCCGUCUAUUUUCCUCGACCCCAAAUUGGUCAAUGCGAAGGAACAAUUUAUGAGUCGAACCCCUGAUGUACCACUGGAUGGUGUACAUGACCCAUGCACAGAAGCUCACACCGCAGCUAAUGAUGCCAGAGGACGUGGCCAUUUCAAGAAUAUGGAUGAAUCCGGGUUGCUUGGUAUGGGAUGUCGACAUGAUAAUGUCCUUCAAUAUAUAAAUCUGAUCCAAAGCGGCGAAAAGAGGCAUAACGCGCUAGCAUUCAUAGAGUGGUUGCUCAAAUUGCUUAAAAACGACAGAGAUGGAACCACAACCAUUGGGAUUCUAUAUGAUAUAGGGUGUAACCUGGACAAAACAAUCAAAAAGCUUACUGCCACUUCCCCACAAUGUCUGACGUGGUAG